AAUGGGACUAUUUCUAUAUACUACUUUUGUUAUAUUUCUUGUAAUAUUUAUUAAAACUAUAACAACUUCUGAAAACAAUGGAAUAGAUUCUUCAAAUAAACAAAUAAAUCUUGGGGUUUUAACAGCUAGUGAACUAAGCUCAAAAAGACUAGAAUUAUACUUGAAUGCGGCAAAAUAUGCUCUUCAAGGAUAUAGAUUAAAUAAUGAGAGAGUUGUGAAUUAUACUCUUACUAGUCAUCUUAAAUCAUUUAACGAUCAGUCAUCCUCCUGCGACCUUGGUGCAGACUUCUACUUUCAGGUAAGAGAUCUGAGAGACAAGAAUAUAACAGAUGCUGCUAUUGUAAUUUUAAGAAAUUCAAAUUACAUAAAAACUGCAAAAUUUGUGCUGUCAGCUGUAAAAAUUCCUAUAUAUUUAGCUUAUUUAAACAAUAACGAUCAAGAUUAUAAAAAGUAUUUUCUUUUAAAUGCACUCAUUAACGAAUUUUGGUGGUUUCGUAAAGUUUUAUUCAUAGUAGAAUCAUAUGAUUAUUUUAAUGGUUUUGCUAGGACAUUCUACGAAAGACGUAUAAAAGUUAAAGUGUUUCUUAUAACUAGUUGCAAAAUUGAUACGAAAAUUCUAGCAAGAUAUAUUCAAAGUUAUAAAAUGUUUGUUGUAAAUGUAAGAGAAAAUGUUUGGUCAGAUAUUUUUAAAAUUGCCCAAAAGCUUGAUAAAUUUAGGUUUGCAACGACAUGGAUUUUUACUUCUUAUACUUUUAGAGAACUAUUAGCCAAUCGACAAUUUUGGAAUUCUGCUAUUUCAAAGUCCAGAUCUAAAUCAACAUUUUUGGCAAUAAAUGAAACAUUCGAAUCAUCAAAGCUUUGGAAAGAAGUAAAGAAUGAUAAAAUGUUUAAUUUUAGUCAAUUAAUAUAUGAAUUAGAACAAUCUUGCAAUAAUAAGACUUUCGGAAAGGAAUGCAUCGAAGGAUUAUCAUUCACUUCUGGUUUAAUAUCAGCUAUAAAAUAUCUUAUAAAAAAUGAUAAAGUAAUUGAGAAAUCCGAAGAUAAUUUUAUAAAAGAAAUAAAAUUUCAAACAUCAACUCCUUCGCUUGUAAUGUUUGUAAAGAAUCAAUGGGAAGUUGUGGGAAAUUUUAGUCCAACGUCUUAUAUCAAUAAAGGUUUAAACUUAAUGGUAGAUCCAAAUCUUAAAAAUGUUUUCCUAUCAAUUUUCCGAGGAUCUUUAAUUUCGCAAAAUUUUACAAUUUUUGCCCAAAAAGGUUACCCUUUCUUAAACAAGAACAACGACGGUAUUUAUGCUGAUAUAAUAAACGAAUUACAAAAGCAAUUAAGUUUUCACUAUGAAUUUGUAACUAACGAAACAAAAUCUGAUAUAAGAAUAGAAAGAUUCUCAAGAAUAAAACAAAAACAUGGAAAUAUUGUUCAUUUGUUUUAUGAAAAUUUAGAAACUGGUAUACUUACAAAUUUAUCAUCAUCACCAAAUAUUGUCAAUCAAAUUAUGCAUCUAAUUAAAUGGAAUGAGCUUAAAUACUUAGUUUUAAUAUUUGGUGUCAUGUUUUGUUCAUCAGCCUUUUUAUUAAGUUCCUUACCUAGGCAAACACCAUUCUCUUCAUCAAAAGAGAGUAGAGGGCCUAUUUAUGAUAUAGAGAUAUUUACUUUAGUCGAAUUUGUACUUUUACCAUUUCUUCAUCUAACACCCAGUCGAGCGUCACAUUUUCUGACUAAUAAUAUCUUGAACCUUGUUUGGCUGGCAAUUGCUCUCAGUUGGUACGUCUACUUAAGAAGUAAGAUCACAGCCCACUUAAUCUCAACAAGUUCUUUACCGAAAGUGGUGCAGCUAGAACAUUUACAAGACAUAAGACAUAAUUUAGAUUUCCGUUAUGAGAGAGGUUUAGAGCCUAUUUUAGAUAGUUUAGAGAAGGAUCUUUGGUGGUUUAACUUUACAGAAAAAGUGAAUGGUAAUAAGUUAUUAGAUAACUAUUGGUCUUUAGAAGGAAUUCAGAAAGGUGGAAAAGGGCAAUUAGCCUUAAUUACUUCCGAAUAUAGUCUAAUGAGCAGAAUAUCGAAGCCACCGUGUCAUUUAAUUAAUCCGAACGAAGAUACUGAAUGGAACGAUAUCCUACGAAAACAUAAUAUUCUACCACCAAAAGAGGAAAAGAAGGAAGAAGAGAUAGAAAUUGUUGAGCCGACUGCGGAAGAAAAGCUUUCUUCCUUAAAUAUAGACAAGCUAAAUGAGCUGGAAGACGAGAUCGACGACGAAGAUGAAAAGAUCUUCGAAGAAUAUAAAAGAAAAAGAAUUCAGGAAAUGAUGGAAGCUCAAAAAGCUGCAAAGUUCGGUAGUGUACUUGAGAUAAGUAAGGCCCAGUAUGUAACAGAAGUAAACGAGGCCGGGGAGGAAAUAUGGGUAGUAGUUUUCAUAUACAACAACAGAGUGAAAACAUGUAAAUACAUUGAUGAGUAUUUGAGGAUUAUUGCCCAGUUACACCCUUAUGUAAAAUUUGUUAAAGGAGUCUCUGAAGUUAUGAUUCAGAAUUAUCCUGAUAAGAAUUUACCUACUUUAUUUAUCUAUAAGAAUGGCGAUAUGAAGGCUCGAUUUAUUGGUAAUGCAAGCUUUGGUGACAGUUUAAAGACUUGUGCAGCGUUUGAACAACUACUAGUGAAAAAAGAGGUGCUUAACGAAACGCUUGUACAACCCGAAGAAAAGAAUAAUUACAAAGAUGAUUCCGAUAGUGAUUAA